AUGACCCACCCAAUGAUGGCUGUGAACCCUGUAUUGACCGCAUCAGUGCAGCAAGGCAUCCCACUAGUCCCCUCACCAUUUGGGCCUCCAAUUCUGGACAGAGAUGUUCUGUCUUCCACUAUAGCUCCAGCUGACCCAAGACAGUUUUGUGUUCCUUCCCAAUUUGGAUCCUCUGUUCUGCCGAAUGCCACUAUCCCGAGUAUGCUGUCCAGCCGUUUCUACUCAGGUUGGGGCAUUUUGCCACCUGAAUCCAUAAAGGCAAUGACCAGAAGGAAUGAGAUGAUUAAAAGACAUCAUACUGCCAGAGCAGAAAUGAAAAUGUAUACUAUAUAUCAGCAAAGGAGAAUGGAAAGAGCUAAACCCAAGGAAUUCACUGGCCUAGGAGCACCAUUCCUGUAUGGGUCCAGUGGCCCAGAUGGUCCAACAGCCUACCACGGCAGGAGUGUACUACCUGCCAGUGACCUGAAUUUGCACAGAAGCACUCUUGGGAACCUUCAAGGAAACUCAAUUCUGGUGGCAACAGAGCCACACUUUACAGAAAGCUGGGGGCAGAAAUAUCACCCACUCAGAAGUACAGGGAAUCAGAAACAUGUAGACCAAGUGACUGAGAGUUACAAAAGUCAAGCAGAAGAAAAACUCUCACAUAUAAUUCCCUACGAAGACCCAGAUGAUUAUGCCAAAGAUCCAGAGAGAGAAGUCUGUGAUGAUCAGAAGUCAAGGGGAAACAAUGAAAAGCCAACCACGGCUCUCGCCAACCCCUGUGGAGACCUUCAGCCCACUCACAGAGGAUCCUCUUCUCUGGAGGACAAGGCCUGGGAUGGUGGAAAGAAGUCUUCAGAACAGGGGUAUGGAACCUGUGAUGACAAGAAUGUAAUUUGCCAAGCACUUUCCCAACCAUCUCUGCCAGGAACAUGUGCACUGGGUACAACUGGGGAAAGCCAUCCCUUAGAUGAAGAUAUUCAGAAAUGGACCAUAGACGAUGUGCAUAACUUCAUUAGGAGCCUUCCAGGCUGUUCAGACUAUGCCCAGAUAUUUAAAGAUCAUGCAAUUGAUGGAGAAACUUUGCCAUUACUCACAGAGGAGCACCUCCGAGGCACCCUGGGACUGAAGCUAGGCCCAGCACUCAAAAUACAGGCACAGGUAUCCCAGCAUGUAGGAAGUAUGUUCUACAAGAAAACUCCUUCACUUCCAACCCAGACCAGACAAGCAUUUAGUCAACCAGCAGAUACCUCUCCUCUUGUGAAUUUUAAUUCCUGGAGUGAUCCGUUGAGCAUUCCUUGUUCCCAGGAUAUAAUGAUUUCUAAAGUAAUUGAACAAGAUAACAUCAGAAAUUAA